UUCCAAUUAGACCGUGUGAGAGGCGGGGCUUCAGUGUUUACAGCUUUAUUCACCGUUAGUCGAUGGGAUUGUUGUUGACAAGAUGGAGUUCUUGCUGGGAAAUCCUUACGGUACUCCGGUGGGGCAGUGCAUUGAAAAAGCCACGGAUGGCUCCUUACAGAGUGAAGACUGGACUAUAAACAUGGAAAUAUGUGACAUCAUCAAUGACACAGAAGAUGGGCCUAAGGAUGCCAUAAGGGCUGUCAAAAAGAGACUUAAUGGGAAUAAAAAUUAUAGAGAAGUGAUGCUGACUUUGACAGUUCUUGAGACAUGUGUGAAAAACUGUGGUUAUCGCUUCCAUGCUCUCGUCACAACCCGGGAUUUUAUUGAUGGAAUCCUGGUUAAGGUCAUUUCUCCUAAAAACAACCCACCAGCCAUCGUACAGGACAAAGUGCUUGCCCUUAUACAGGCUUGGGCUGAUGCUUUCAGGAGUAGUCCGGAUUUGACCGGCGUAGUCCAUGUUUAUGAGGAAAUGAAGAGAAAAGGCAUAGAGUUCCCAAGGUCAGAUCUGGAGUCCUUAUCACCUAUCCACACACCACAGCAGUGUGCCUCAGAGGGGGAUCCCAAACCCAGUGCUCCAGCUCAGCCAAAAUCUGUCCAGUCCUUCUCUGCUCCUCCUGUCCACGGCUCACCUCAGGUUCCUAACCUGCAUGUGUCUGGAGACAUCAACCCCACCCCAGAACAGAUUUCUAGGUUGCGCAGUGAGCUGGAGAUUGUGCGUGGAAACACCAAGGUGAUGUCUGAGAUGUUAACAGAAAUGGUGCCUGGUCAAGAGGAUCCAUCUGACCAUGAGCUUUUGCAGGAGUUGAACAGAACCUGCAGGUCCAUGCAGCAGAGGAUAGUAGAGCUCAUCUCCCGUGUGUCUAAUGAGGAGGUCACAGAGGAACUGCUCCAUGUCAAUGAUGACCUCAACAACAUCUUUUUGCGAUACGAGAGGUAUGAGAGGUACCGGUCUGGUAGAACUGUUCAUGGUGUCAAUAAUGGGGUCCUGAAUGAGGCCACAGACGACAACCUGAUUGACCUUGGGCCGGGUUCUCCUGCAGUAAUGAGCCCCAGGAUCAGUGGCACUCCACCCUCCAGUCUGCCAGCCUCAGUUGCCCCUGUUCGCUCUGCUUCACCUGCUACUCUCUCCUCUCGACUAGCAGGCCUGGAUGUAGGAGCUGACAGUGUCAGCGGCACCCUGAGUUCUCUAACUCGCUGUCAGCCGCCGUCGGAUGACUUCGACAUGUUUGCUCAGACCAGGAGCGGCACCCUGCCGGACCAAAGGAAGAAUCCACCGUUUGAAGACAUUCAGGCUGCAAGUGGAGCAGCUCCUACUCUUGAGCUUAGACAACAGAACUCUGGCGGGUUCGCUCUUGCUCAGUCCUCUGUCAUGGAUGACAUUGAGGAGUGGCUCUGUACUGAUGUGAAAGGAGAUGAUGGAGAUGAAGGUGUGACGAGUGAAGAAUUUGAUAAGUUUUUGGAGGAGAGGGCCAAAGCUGCAGAAAUGGUCCCCACACUUCCACUGGGUCCGAGUGCAGAUCUGACCAGUGCAGCUGGCUCAGCUGUAAAUCCGGGGAAUAAGCCUGAUCGAGCUGAAAACUCUCUGUUUGUCUUGUAAAAGGAUUUUGGGACAUUGGGUGUGUGUGUUUAGCCUCCUGUGUGUGGUAAGUAGGUGGUCCCGCAGACUCAGCGGCCCGUCUUUCCUCUGCUUCCCACAUUACUACACAAUCGACACUGCGGCGGCCGCCUCCUAUGCAGUUUGUUUUCCUAGACUGGUUUUGUGAACGGAUUCUAAAGACAGACGUUCUCAUGAGCUUCAGACAUUCAUUUCUUUCUAAACAAAUUCAACCCUAAGAAUGUAGGCGGUCAUUGAUAUUUUGUUGAUGAAACACAUGCCAGGAACUUGCAAAAAAAAAGCAUUAACAAGAAGAUAAGCUUAACAUUUUCUCUACAAGUGAGCGAUGGAUUCUUUUGGGCCUGGGUUAUUUAAAUUGCAAUUCCACAGCACAACGUUGCACAACGUUACACAACGUUAGCUAACACUAAUGGGUCUGAGACAUUUCCGAUCAGAAGCAGGUGCUGCUUACACAGAAACAUGUCUUAUGAUCAAAUAUGCACCUGGACACCUCAGGGGCACGUAAACCUCCUUUAACUAGAAAACCUUUCACUUUAAUAACAGUAAAUUUAGCAGAUUUAUCUAUUAUAUUAUCUAAUGUCUCUAUUAGAUGAAAACGGACAGAGGGAGUUAGGUUUUUGUAGUAUGUAUGAAUUGCAGUACGUGAACUUGGGAGAGUGGUUCAUUUGAUUUCGGUUACGUGAGCUCGGUUUUUUGGUCUACCUCGCAAAGCGGUGAGAAAGGGAUACGGAUACAGAAGUGAUUGCAGUUCAGCAUAAAGCACUCUUAACUGUAGUGACUGAUGGAAUGAGUCUGUUUUUUUUUUGUGCUGCUCAGGAUAAAGUGUCAUUAAUUUAAAAACUUUUUAAGAAAUCACAAAGCGAUCGAGCGUUAAUAUGUAUAUUUAGUGUCAUUUGCACCGAAGAGGUUUUUUGGCUGCGCACAUUUUGCUCAGAUGCAAAUCUUAGCUGUUGUUAUUCAAAAUGCUGCCUGUUAUAUGAAACAUAUUCCAAGUAAAUAGAGUUCAAAGCUGAUGGUGACUGCAAGGCAGGUUAAAUUGGAUUUUUCUCUAGUGUAGAAGUGAUGUCAAGCUCACUGCUGUUACUAGGAAAUAAAAUGGAUCUGCCUUAAUGAACAGAAGUCAGACAGCUAACACGAACCUAUUUGGUCAAAUUUGUAAAUCUGUAAGUUGAGUAUUUUGUUUGAUACAUUUGUGUUUUUAUGUUGUGUGACUUACAGAAUUGUCGUUUUUAUGGACCAAAACUGCAUAUAUCUGAUUAUAGGUGUCCAGAAGAAUAGCCUUGAUCAGGCUUUCCUGCAUGGGCCAGCUUUUUAAAAGUGUGUGAUUUCUUCCUGUACGUCAAGAAAAAACAGAUCUGCAAAUCUGAUUUUAACAUCAGAGAAAACUGCUAUUAGUUGUCUCCCACAAAUACGGAAAAUAUCUCUGAUCACCUCAUAAAAAAACGCCACAUGGACAAUGAAAAUUGUAACUGGACUGAUUGACAGGUUGAUUGAUCGACAGGUUGCAGAGGUGUUUUGAACUCUCCAACAAUGGAAGCCCCAACAACUGUCCCAUGUAGGUCUCGUCUUCAGAUUUCCACGUGAUCACGUGACACGCUCUUGUCAAUGUAACUAAAGAAUUUUGAGGUCAUCAGAACAUAAAAUUUCAAACAAAUUAUAUUUAUUUCUCUCUAUAUAUAACUACUACGUAUUUAACAUCAGUUAACUAUAAUCAUUAGGGAUGCCACAGACAAAUUUUGGACAAGAAUAGCCAAAAAUAAUACUUCCAGGUAAAAGAGAGAAGAAAACCCAAACCACUAAACUGAAUAGGUCAUAAUAAGAGAUAGCUACUUCCUGUAAUCUAGCAAAUUAGUUACCAAGCAGGAAAUCUAGCCCAGGUGGGGAAAAAGUCAUCAAAUAAUAAUAAUAAAAACACACAAAGGCAAAACAACAAAAAUUGUGAAUUAGGAUAGCUCACAUUAUUAUAAGUCCUGGCUAUACAUAGAUACCAUGUAUACCUAGUAACGUGUUUAAUGCAUGAACACUAAACACUUAGAUAAAAAGAUGAAAAAUAUUGCAUCCUUCAGGUAACUAGUAAGCUACAGCACAAGCACUUUAAAUGUUAGAUUUCAAUGCUUUCAGUAGAAAACCUGGAAAUUUCACAUUUUUCACCUAAGUUUUUUGUUUGUGAACGACAGAACAGCAACGGUUUGAGGAAAUUAAGACAUCUAAAUAAACAUUUCCUAAACGAAAUCGUGAUAAUUCCUGAAUUUAUCAAUGCAUCCGACUCAUUAACGAAACGACACUGUAGUCUGUUGUGGCUUUGCAGAUCUGGCUCUUUCCAGAAAGGUAAUUUUGUCCUCCACUCUUCCUGCUUUGACACGAUCGUCAUCGUCGCUCAUUUUCAGUCAGGAGUAACCCUGUGUAAUGUUUGUCUAGUCUGUAUAUUAGCUCUCUAUUUGUUGUGUGCUGAGUGGAUAGACCACAGAGAUGCAUUAUUUUACUGCAAAAACACAAAAAUCGUGUACUUCCCUAAAUUCUGAACAGUCUAAGUGUCCUGGAGGAUUUCCUGGACACAGCAUAUGGACUGUUGGACAGGACGUUCCGAUAGCUUAAAUCGAAAGUGAACCAAGGCUAAGGAAGGUGCUGUUAGACGAGACAGAGACAGGACUGAGUGAUUUGCUCAAUGUUUUUCUCUGCUUAAUCUUUAUUUUUAGAUUUGGUCAGUUUUGGUAAGAACGUCUGUUGGUACACAGAAUAAUGGUUUUUGACAUUUGUUAGAAUUUAGUUACAUAAAGUACAUUUGAAAAUAUAAGCCUUGGGGAAAUUAAUGGACAGUCCGUUGGAGGACAUGUUGUAGUCAGUAGUUGUGAGAAAUUCUUGGAAUUUUAUGAGAUUUAAAAAAAAAAAAAAUGUCAUGUCUCUUUUUUUCAUCAUUUCUGGAGUGAUUUUAUGUUCAAUUUAUAAGACUGGAAAACAUGAUUAUUUAACCCCCCCACCCCACCCCACCCCACCCCCACUAUCACACAAACUACCACUGAUCGGCAACGGCUUAUAACGGAUUCUUUCCUAUACAACAGAAAUAGAAGGGUUUGAAGGCCUAAUGAAUACUUCAGUCACAUUAUUUCCUGACUGAUGAUAAAAGCCUGGUCUACGAUGAAAACCUUUAUAAACACAUAUAACACUAAUUCAGUUUGUUAAAUCAAAUACAUGCAAUUUUUGUGUAUGGAUAUUUUACGUGUAGAGUAACACUCGUCAGCUUGUGCACUACAUCAUCAGCGUGUUUGGGAGUGUAAACUACCCUGUGGUCUACACGGAGAAUGAGUGAGCGAUUUAAUUUGUCUUUCAUAAUGAUAGUAUUGAGGUGGAAAAAGCGAACUCGGUGAUCAACUUCACAGCAUUUGACUGUUGACUGGUGUUUAUUUGUGUGAUUUAAAAGCUUGUGUUAAUAGAAACCUGAGUGUGUUUUGUGUGUUGAUUUUUUUUUGUAAGCUUUAUAGAGCCUUUUGCACCUCAUGGUUCAAUGAUCAUGACUAUCAUUUUUAAGAUAAAUACAAAUCAUUGACUUCACUGCAAUAGAAAAGAGUUGCUUAAAUGAUCACAUAGUGGUUUCUGUUUUUUAACGUAAUGUGAGAAGGAAAUGAUUCAUUUUCAUAUACACGUAUGCGUAGUGCUUUUUUCCCCCUCUGGUUAUAUAUUUGAAGUGUUAUGUGUCUGUGUGAGCAAACUCACAUUUCUGAUGCAGGAAAUGUUCGUUUUGGAGAGAAAGAAGAACAAAGCAAAGACAUUUCGAGUGUGAUUGUGUUUAAGCACGUGUGCGGCACGGCUAAACCGUACACUGCUGUGUACUGAUGUGCUGGUCUGGGUGUUACUUGUUGUUAUACCUCAAGUUGCACUCUGUGCUCUUUGUUUCAUGCAUGUGCUAAUCUCCAAUAAAACAUACCAAGGUGGUGACCAUUCA